AUGAGACUGCUUAACAUUGUUUUCUUCUCCGGUAUUGUUACGGCAGCACCUGGUACUACUCUGCAAGGCAGAGCAGCGGCAAAUGAUCCGUGUAACAUUGGAUAUUGCACCCAGAAUGGAGGUACAACUGGUGGUGGCAGUGCUUCACAAGUAACUGUGAAGACUCUGGGUGAACUCACAACAGCAGCCAAUGCCGCUGGACCGGCAGUCAUCUUUGUCCAAGGCAGUAUUUCUGGCGCAGCCAAGGUACAAGUUGGAUCCGACAAGACCAUCAUCGGGAAGACGGGAAGCUCUCUGACCGGUAUUGGUCUUACGAUCAACGGAAAGAAGAAUGUCAUCAUUCGAAACAUGAAGAUUUCCAAAGUCGAAGCAACCUACGGUGAUGCAAUCACGAUCCAGAAGUCCACCAAUGUCUGGGUUGAUCACUGUGAUCUCUCUGCCGUGAGAGGUGACGACAAGGACUUUUACGAUGGUUUGGUGGAUCUUUCGCAUGCUGCGGAUUGGGUCACUAUUUCGCACACAUAUCUCCAUGACCACUCCAAGGGAUCAUUAGUCGGCCACUCUGACAAGAACGCUGCUGAAGAUGUAGGCAAACUUCACGUCACAUACGCCAACAACCACUUCAACAAUGUUCGAAGCCGUGGUCCCCUUCUUCGCUUUGGCACAGCCCACAUCUUCAACGGAUACUACGAUACUAUGGACACCGGUCUCAACAGUCGCAUGAACGCUCAGGCGUUGAUCCAAUCUUCAGUGUUCACCAACGUUGGAAAGAAGGCUAUUUUCAGCGAGUCAAGCUCUGAGGUGGGAUACGUUGUUGCGGAAGAUGUUGUUCUCAACGGAGAAAGUCAGAACACUGCACCAAAGGGUACUCUGAGUGCCAGUAAGAUCCCGUACAAGUUUACUCUUAUUGGAUCUGGCAAGGUUGCGUCUACCGUUCCGGGGCAGGCAGGACAGAAGCUCAGCUUUUGA